AUGUCCCUUGAGGAGAAGAUGGAGGCCGACGCCUGUUCCACCUAUGCUGGCAAAGUGGACUGUGGUGCAACCGCGGAAGAGCUGGAGGCACACUUUCAUGGCUGUGGUUCAGUCAACCACGUUACCAUCCUCUGUGACAAAUUUAGUGGCCAUCCCAAAGAGUUUGCAUAUAUAGGGUUCUCGGACAAACAGUCAGCGAGGGCUUCCCUGGCCUUAGAUGACUCCCUAUUUAGAGGAAGACAAAUCAAGGUGAUCCCAAAGCGAACCAACAGACCAGGCAUCAGCACAGCAGACCAGGGUUUCCCACAAGUCCGAUUCCGAGCCCGGACCCCCGACUACAACAGUUCCCCCUCUUAA